AUGUCGAAAUUUAGGAUGCUUCCGCGUACAUCGCGGAUCGUAGCACUUUGUUCUGCUGCGAAUUUUAUAAAUGCAGCGGAUCGAGUUAUUAUGCCGAUAGCCAUAGUUCUUAUGACAGAUGAAUUUAAAUGGAAUCUUCAUUGGCAAGGAUGGAUAUUAUCCGCAUUUGCAUUUGGCUAUUUUACUAGUCAGAUUAUUGGUGCAAGUAUAGCAAGUCGUUUUGGUUGUAAAACAGUACUAAUGUUGGCCGUUUUAUUAUGGUCUAUUAGUACAGUUGUAACACCUCUUUUGGCACAAUCUGUUCCGUUACUUAUAAUCUGCAGAGUGAUUCUAGGCCUUGGCGAAGGAUUAGGCUUGCCAGUGAUAUUUCAUUUAUUUGCGCACAGUGUUCCAAUAGAAGAAAGAUCAAGAGCAUUUGGUUAUCUUGUGGCUGCUGGUUCUGUUGGUCAAGUUGUUGCAUCGGUUAUAUGUCCUAAUUUGUCCUGGCAAAGUGGAUUUUAUUUAUUUGGUAGUAUUGGAAUUAUUUGGACUUUGCUGUGGCUAGUAUUAUAUCAAGAAACCAAUUCUCAGGAUGAAAUUCCUCUCUUUGUACCAAAGGUAACACAAAAUAGAAGUUUACGUUGGACUGAAUUCAUUACGCAUUGGCCUUUAUGGGCUUUGUAUAUAGCACAUUUUGCAAUGAAUUGGAGUAAUUAUAUAAUUAUGCAAUGGUUACCCACUUACUUGGCGAGAAAUAUAUCUGCUAAUAAAGAAAGUAUUAGUUUAACAGCACUUCCAUAUAUCGUCAAUUCUCUUGUUGGUAUUGUUGCAGGAUAUAGUGCUGAUAAUCUUAUACAAAAAAGAUGGUCCGUCUUGUCUGUAAGAAGACUGAUGACAAAUAUAGGAUUAAUAGGGCCAGGAGCAUUUUUAUUAGCAUUUUGUGCAGUUGAUAAUUUACUUGCCGCAGUAAUUUUUAUUUCUAUAUCAAUGGGACUUUGUGCAUGUAAUUCUUCUGGACAUCUCAGUAAUCACGCAGACAUAGCACCAAAUCACGCAGGAAUUACUUUCGCUGUUUCAAAUACGAUCGCAACUAUUCCUGGUAUUUUGUGUGGUCCAUUAACGGCUGAAUUAGUAACAGCUUCUCAUGGUCGAUGGAUGCCAGUAUUUGUUUUAGCUGCAGCAAUUAAUUUCACAGGGGCUAUAAUAUACCAAAGUCAUAGCUCAGCACUUCCAGUAUUGUGA